UGAGGCGGUGAGACGUGAGGUGUGUCUGCGUGUGUCUGCGUGUGUGUUCUGACUACUGAUUCACCUUCGGCUUCGUAUAUACCUUUUUUACUUUCUGUUUUAUUGGGAUCUAUUUCACAGAACUAGAGCAGGAUAUAUGUUUCAUUUGAAAAAAGGCAUCAUGUUUAAGAAAAAGGACCAGUUUACAUAUAGUGUGGAGUGACUGGGAGAGGAAACCGGUCAAGCUGGAAAAGGAAAGAUGGCGUUUUAACCUGUUCAUGGAGGAGAAUGCAAAUGUAAAGGAAAUACUGGAAUUUUUUUCCACCUCUGAAGCUUGAGCGUCUCCUCAUGACCGCGUCAUCAAGCUGUUAAAACUACUGCUCCUGAACUGCCGUACUACUGAAUCAUUCCUGUCAGGUACGUACCUCGUAUCAGAGGACAGCGUAUUAAAAAAAAAAAAAAAAAAAGAAAUGGGGAACGGCUUUUCCAACAUAUCCGCCUUCCAGUCCCUUCACAUCGUGAUGCUCGGGCUGGACUCGGCAGGCAAGACAACCGUCCUCUACAGACUGAAGUUCAAUGAGUUUGUCAACACCGUACCCACGAUCGGGUUCAACACCGAGAAGAUCAAGCUGAGCAAUGGUGCAGCGAAGGGCAUCAGCUGCCAUUUCUGGGAUGUCGGCGGCCAAGAGAAGCUGCGUCCGCUCUGGAAAUCGUAUAGUCGCUGCACGGACGGCAUCAUCUACGUAGUGGACUCGGUGGACGUUGACAGGCUCGAGGAGGCCAAAACCGAGCUGCACAAGGUGACCAAGUUUGCAGAGAACCAAGGAACACCGCUCCUAGUCAUCGCCAAUAAACAGGAUCUGCCCAGGUCUCUGCCGGUGGCCGAUAUUGAGAAGCAGCUGGCACUGAACGAGCUGACCCCGUCCACGGCAUACCACGUUCAGCCUGCUUGUGCCAUCAUCGGCGAGGGGCUUCACGAAGGCAUGGACAAACUGUACGAAAUGAUCGUGAAGCGACGAAAAGCCCUGAAGCAGAAAAAGAAGCGAUAACCCAUGUUCGCUCCAAGGAUCUGUUUCCCCCGUCAUUCAUGCCCUCCUGCAAGCCUGGGACCCAUCGUCACGUGCCAACGCAAUGCUUGGAUUAUUGAUUGAUUGACUGAUUUUGAGGCAGUUUGUUUGCUUUGAGUUGGAUUUACUUUGAACUUUUGCAGAUGCUGUACGGCUUGCUGGAUGGUUUCGAACCAUAGUGAACUUACAGAAAAAAAUUUAAAAAUGCAAAAACUUGAAUUUCGACUCAAAUAUGACUCGUCACAAUGAAAAAGGGCUGGUUCCCUUUUGUGCUGCUGUUGACUUACUGUGCCGUCGUCAUACCGAAGGAGCUCUCUACUUUAGCACUGUGAAGAAGAUUUACGAACAGUCCGUGGAAACGCUUGAUUUUCUUUCUCUGACGACGGCUCGAAGCGUGACCGCGUGCGUCACGAGAAUAACGCCGCCUAAAAUCCUUUACGAGUAACUCCGUUUAGGAUCCUGACCAGAAGGUUAAGGCCUGCGGAAGAGAAAAACGCUGGGUACAUAAAGUCAUGGACUUGUUGUACACGAUCCAGGCUUAUGAAGACACUCAUGAUGAACAUGACGUGUGGUGGACGGUGCUUACUAUUUUAUGUGCUUGCAACCUCGGUCCACCACUUAGCACUUUUCCUUACCAAAACCAGUAGAGUUCAACACUGUAUUGCUAAACUCAAGAUUAUUGUAUUACACAGUCAAAAGAUGAAUUCUGAAGUAUUUUUCAAUUAAAAAAAUUCAGAAAG